GGGGGGGGGGCGGCAGGAGAGCGAGCACUGAACCGUGACCGCGGAGAAUAGUAUGGCAUCGCGGCGAAUGGAGACCAAACCGGUGAUAACGUGUCUGAAAACUCUGCUUAUCGUCUACAGCUUCGUUUUUUGGAUCACAGGCGUGGUCCUAUUGGCUGUUGGAGUAUGGGGUAAACUCACAUUAGGAACUUAUAUUUCACUCGUCGCUGAGAACUCCACAAAUGCACCCUAUGUGCUUAUUGGAACUGGGACGACAAUUGUUGUCUUUGGACUGUUUGGGUGCUUUGCAACAUGUCGGGGCAGCCCAUGGAUGCUGAAACUGUAUGCCAUGUUCCUGUCCUUGGUGUUCCUGGCUGAGCUGGUCGCUGGCAUUUCUGGAUUUGUGUUCAGGCAUGAGAUAAAGGACAUUUUCUACAAGACCUACACAGAUGCUGUCCAUAAUUACAAUGGCAAGGAUGAGAAAAGUCGUGCAGUGGAUGAUGUACAACACAGUCUGCACUGCUGUGGGGUACAGAAUUAUACAAACUGGAUCUCCAGCACCUACUGGCCUGAGCAUGGCAUACCUGAGAGCUGUUGUAUAAACAACAGUGACUGUAACCCAGAGGAUUUGCAGAACAUAACCAUUGCCAUCACUAAAAUUUACCAGCAGGGCUGCUACGAGUUGGUGACUGGUUUUAUGGAGACGAACAUGGGAAUUAUUGCUGGGGUUGCAUUUGGAAUUGCUUUCUUACAGCUGAUCGGAAUGUUGCUGGCCUGCUGUUUGUCCCGAUUCAUUACAGCAAACCAGUAUGAAAUGGUGUAACCAGGAGAAGUUCAAGAGACAAUGAUCUGAUUUGGCCUUUCCAAUUCAGGAUUUGAAGAAGUGUGGAUCAACAUCCAGGAACACAAAACACUCCCCAUCCCUUUCUGUUGUUUGAUGUGCACUAAUUCUUGUUAUACAUUUGUGCCAUGAAAGGGUAGCUUCUAUUCACACUCAAACACAAACUUUUUAAGAUAAUUUGGUCACAAUAAUUGGGUUCCAUUCUGUGUUACAGUGACAGAUACCAUAACUGCAUUGAUGUGGCUCUGCAUGUAGUAAUAUUUGAGAGUAGAGGCCAUUUAGCACUAUAAUUUGAAUUUCUUACACCUGUUAUUUAUAGUGAUACAUCUAAAAGAGUAUUUAAUAUAGAUAUGCCUAGUUUUUUUUUUUUUUCGUACACUACUGUUGUUCAGCCAGAUAGAUUUAGAAAUAAAAAGUGGACGACUUGCAAAAAAAAUUACAAUAGCAAUGUAGUGCUUGAAGGGAAAAAGGCACUUGAUUGUUUUCCCUACAAGUAAACUACAGUUUUUUUAUUCAUAGUGUCAUGAAGUAUUGCUGCAACAUCCACUAAACGUAGUUGUAAAACUUCCCAUUCUGUAUAAAAUGUGGUUAAAAUUGUGCUGUUUGUUAUGUGAACACAGUAAAUAAUGUUGCUUCAUUUUGAGUAUGUGGAAGUUAACAUUUACACUGGACUGUAUGUAUCGGCUGUUAUUCAGCCUUUAACGUUCCUGUUUUUUCAUCACCUUGUAUAGUAAUUGAUGCAACCACUGAAUUUGUUAAUUUAACAAGAAGAUAAAUGUCAAGCAAAGUUUAAAGAACAUUUGAGAAGUUACAUUUAGUUCAAAAUUAAUGCAUUAAAAACAUUGCCACCAGCUUGCAUGCCAAUAUAAGUGCAAUGAUAGAAAGCUUCUGUGAAUUCUGUAUUCAGUAAUAAAAUCUGUUAAUUACA